GCAUUGAGUGUGAGUACAAAAUACAAACAAAUUUACUAUUCGUCACUUUCUCUCUCCUGUUCCUCUUCCAAUUUACAGAGAGAGAGAGGAAUGGGGAAACAGAAGGGCCUGGAGGCCACACUCUUGACUGGCAGCGAAUUGGGUUUCAACCAGAAGAGAUGGAGGAGAGCUCUCUGGGUUUUACUCGCCCUCAUAGCCAUAGCUUGUCUAGGGGUAGUUCUAUACAGCAGCUUGAGCAUUUGGACAGCAGGAGAUGGGAACAAGUUUAGUGGAAGGCAGGGCCAGAAGGCGGCUGUUGCUGCUGAUGAUGGUCGUUGUUCUAAGGUCGGGUUAUCCAUACUUGAAACGGGAGGUCAUGCCGUUGAUGCUGCAGUUGCAACUGCUCUCUGUCUCGGGGUUGUCAAUCCGGUGUCUAGUGGGAUUGGAGGCGGGGCUUUCAUGCUCGUGAGGUCUGAGUCAACCUCAGAAGUUGAAGCAAUUGACAUGAGGGAAACUGCUCCUUUAGCUGCUUCAAAGGACAUGUAUGAGAACGACAUUGAUUCCAAGACGGUGGGGGCUCUCUCGAUGGGAGUUCCCGGUGAGGUAGCUGGCCUUCAUGAAGCUUGGUUGAAACACGGGCGAUUGCCAUGGAACACUCUAUUCCAACCCGCCAUCAAGCUUGCUAGGUAUGGGUUUGUUGUCGCUACAUAUCUAGCAAUCGACAUUGCUAAAAACGAAGACCUUAUAAUGAACGACCCUGGCUUGCGAGGAGUAUAUGCACCAAAUGGGAAAUUGUUACAAGAGGGAGAUAUAUGCUACAAUGUAGAACUUAGCAACAGCUUAGAGGCAAUUGCAGAACAAGGACCCGAGGCAUUCUAUAAUGGAACGGUUGGCGAAAAGCUGGUUGAAGAUGUACAAAAAGCCGGUGGGAUAUUGACAAUGGAGGAUUUAAGGAACUAUAGAGUGAAAUUUCGAGAUCCAAUCGUUGUUAAUGCAAUGGGAUAUACCAUCUUUGGCAUGCCUCCUCCAUCGAGUGGAACAGUGGGUCUCUCUCUGAUUCUUAAAGUCCUAGAAAGCUAUCCAAGUUCUAUUGCUGCAGAAGGUCCUCUAGGUCUGCAUCGCAUGAUUGAAGCGGUGAAGCACAUGCUUGGUGUACGAAUGGACCUUGGCGAUCCCGACUUUGUGAAUGUCAGUAGCAUUGUCUAUGACAUGCUUUCCCCGUCUUUUGCAAAGAUGAUUCAACAGCGGAUAUAUGACAACACCACUUUCCCAUCUGAAUACUAUAUGCCAAGGUGGAGUCAGCUUCGAGACCAUGGAACCAGCCACUUCUGUAUCGUAGAUGCUGAUCGAAAUGCAGUAUCAAUGACAACCACGGUGAACUAUGUCUUUGGAGGUGGUGUCAUGUCUCCUUCAACUGGCAUUGUGCUCAAUAACGAAAUGGGAGAUUUCUCAGCGCCUACAGAAGUAUCCCCCGAUAAGCUCCCUCCCUCUCCAGCCAAUUUCAUUAGCCCGAACAAAAGACCAUUAUCCUCCAUGACCCCCAUCGUUGUUCUUAAGGAUAAUCAGUUGGCUGCUGUGAUUGGAGGUAGCGGUGGGACGAACAUAAUUGCAACAGUAGCCCAAGUUUUCCUCAACCAUCUUGUCUUGGGCAUGGAUCCCUUAGAAGCAGUUCAGAGUCCAAGAGUUUAUCACAAGCUAAUUCCCAACACAGUAUUGUACGAAAACUGGACCAUCAUGGAUGGUGAACACAUUGAGCUCUCGGGUGGCAGGCGGCGUUUCUUGGAAGAUAGAGGUCAUCAGCUGCAGGCACAAGAAAGUGGAGCAAUCUGCCAACUUCUUGUUCAGAACCUACCAAAACCUGGGCAAUGGUUGAACAAUGGAACCUUUCAUGGCAUGCUCACUGCUGUGAGUGAUCCAAGAAAAGGUGGAAGCCCUGCAGCCAUCUGAUCCCUUCAUCUUCCAUUAUUUCUUAAUUUAUGUAUCAUAGAGGAAAAAGGCUUGGUUACAACAAUGGCUGCCUGUUUCACAUGUUGAUACAUUAUACAUAAGGGAGCAUAUCAUUCAUAAUUUCUAUAUCA